AUGGUGAUGAAGUGUACUGCUGUGUGCCUUUUGGCACUAGCCUUAAUUGGUAGCUUCUGUGAUGCUCAACGGCAAGGUGGUUUCAAUCCCACAAAACCAUACCAGAAGCCAGUGAAACAACCCGUCAAACAGUCGCCUUAUGAACCUCAACAGAUAAAGCAGACAUUUGAGAAACCUCUCACCUGGUCUUACCCUGAAGAUCCAACGCCUGAAGUAGCAAUUGAUGUGCCUUUCGUACCGGUAUAUCCUGUUGCUGCUGCAUCUGUUGCUGCCGAGUGCAGAGAGAGUACUGUUCAUGUGGAGGUCAAGAAGGACAUGUUUGGAAUUGGCCAGAUAAUCAAUAAUCCUGACCUUACUCUGGGAAACUGUGGUGCUGUCGCAGAGGACACUGCUGCUCAAGUGUUGAUUUUUGAGGCAGAACUGCAGAAUUGUCUCAGCUCAUUAGCGAUGACAGAAGAUUCCCUCAUCUACACCUUCACUAUGAACUAUGUUCCCCAAGCUCUGGGCGGGUCUCCUGUGGUGAGGACCAACCAAGCUGCUGUAAUUGUGGAAUGCCACUACCCCAGGAAGCACAAUGUGAGCAGCCUUGCUCUUGAUCCCCAGUGGAUCCCAUUCUCUGCGGUUAAGAUGGCAGAGGAAUUCCUAUACUUCACCCUGAAACUCAUGACUGACAACUGGCAAUAUGAGAGGCCAAGCUACCAAUAUUUCCUGGGAGACACCAUCAAUUUUGAGGCUGUCGUCAAGCAGUACUUCCACGUGCCCCUCCGUAUAUAUGUAGACAGCUGUGUAGCUACUCUAGCACCUGACGUCUCCUCCAACCCCAGAUAUGCCUUCAUUGAUAACUAUGGGUGUUUGCUCGAUGCUAGGCUCACAGGCUCCGACUCUAAGUUCAUGCUUCGCUCUGCAGACAACAAGCUUCAGUUCCAGUUGGAGGCCUUCAGGUUCCAGAAUGUUGACACUGGACUGCUCUACAUCACUUGCCACUUGAAAGCAAGAGCUGCUUCCUCUAUCAUCGAUUCUGAACAUAGAGCUUGUUCUUGGAACAACGGGUGGCACGAGGCCAGCAAAAUUGAUUCAGUUUGUGGCAGCUGUGAAACUAUCGGAUUGCCGCCACCUGCCUCUCAAAAGGGUAAAUGGAUUGGCGGCGCCUCUCCAGCCCAGCAAGGAAGGAAGAUUCGUGAUGUGUCCCAAAGUGAAGUAUUCGAAUGGGAAGGUGAUGUCACCCUGGGUCCCAUCCCCAUUGCAGAGAAGAUGAUUGCUUAA